AUGAUUCUUGCAAUCUUUGUUUUCUUCCUCGCGAUUUUGGCGCGUGGGGUAAUGUGUCAAGCCUCCUGCCAGGGUCUCCCCAACGGGUACUCUCCUGCAGCGAACUCCAAGCUCCCCGAUCCCUUCACUUUGGCAGAUGGAACCAAAGUCACUACGCAAGCUCAAUGGACCUGCCGCCAGCAAGAGAUCAGCCAAAUCUUCCAACAGUUUGAGCUUGGAACAAAACCCCCCAAGCCAUCUUCUGUCACUUCCUCUUUCUCUUCGAACUCCUUGACCAUUAUGGCACAGGAGGCAGGAAAGUCCAUCUCCUUCUCGGUGUCUAUUUCGUAUCCCUCUGGCGGCCAAGGGCCGUAUCCGGCUAUCAUUGCGUACGGAUAUCCAAGUAUUCCAAUCUCCGCAGGCGUCGCAACGAUCACGUUCAACAACGACGACGUUGCCGCUCAAGUGAGCACCGGAAGCCGCGGCCAAGGCAAAUUCUACAACCUCUACGGGAGCGACCACAGCGCUGGAGCAAUGACAGCGUGGGCAUGGGGUGUGAGUCGCAUCAUCGACGCAUUGGAAGACACUCCGGCUGCGAACAUCGACCCUAAACGCGUGGGCGUCACAGGAUGUUCGAGAAACGGAAAGGGAGCCUUCGUGGCCGGCGCGCUGGAUGAUCGCAUCGCCUUGACGAUUCCGCAAGAGUCCGGGGCUGGUGGUGCGGCAUGCUGGCGCAUAUCCGACUCGCAGAAGGCGGCAGGCAAGAACAUCCAGACGGCGUCGCAGAUCGUGACGGAGAAUGUGUGGUUCUCGUCCACAUUCCAGCGGUAUAGCAGCAGCGUCAACCAGCUUCCUGAAGACCACCACAUGCUGGCUGCUCUUGUGGCGCCGAGAGGUCUUCUGGUGCUUGAGAAUGACAUUGACUGGCUCGGUCCGGUCAGCACGACCGGGUGCAUGAAGGUGGGCCGAAGCAUCUACAGUGCUGUUGGCGCUCCGGAUGCGAUGGGGUUUUCGUUGAUUGGAGGGCACAACCAUUGCCAGUUUCCGUCUUCGCAGCAGCCGGAACUGUCCGCUUUUAUUGAUAAGUAUUUGCUGGGCGGAUCUUUAAGCACAGCCAAUGUGGAGAAAAGCAACCAGAACGUGGAUGUAGCUAGCUGGGUCGAUUGGACGGCACCGACUCUAUCCUGA